ACCUUCAACCCGCAGAACCGCAAAGUGGGCCAAUUACGCCAUCGGCUCAUGUUAGCAAAGGGAUGAUUGUCCAGUUUAUCAGCCACUGGAACGCCCGGUUCUUCAAGAGCCAGCCAUGACCACCGCCACCGCUGCGGCGGCGCAACUAAUCGGCUGCGCCUGUCUCCCUCCAAGCACCUCUUUCAACCCUUCCCGCCGAAUCCCCGGCCUUAAGUUAAAGUUCAACGGUUUGUUCGCUUCUUAUUCCUGCUUCGCGCCUCGCCUGCCGCGCGCCGCUACCAUCGCCUGCUCCGCCGCCAAUAAGCCCUCUUCCACUUCCGAGAUCAGUUCUGCAGCCAAGAUAAGGAGUGAAGUUCUUUCUCCAUUCCGGUCCGUUCGGAUGUUCUUUUAUCUUGCUUUCAUUGCAAGCGCUGCUCUUGGCGGAUUGAUUGCCACAACACAGCUUGUUGGUGCAUUGGCUAAUUCUUCAAGAGCAGCUGACGUCCCUGACAUUCUUACAGGUCUUGGCAUAGACAUUGGAGCAGUCUCUAUCUUUGCUUUCCUUUAUUCUAGGGAGAACAAUGCUAGGAAUGCUCAGUUGGCUAGACUAUCAAGAGAGGAAAACCUCUCAAAUCUUAAGCUCCGCGUUGAUCCAAAAAGGGUUAUCUCAGUUAGUGAUUUAAGGGGAAUUGCUCGACUCGUCGUACUUGCUGGCCCUUCAUCCUUCUUAACAGAGUGUUUCAGGCUUAGUGAACCUUAUACUGAGGGCCUUCUGGAACGAGGCGUGCUUGUGGUUCCUUUUAGUUCAGAUGGAAAUUCACCUAGUUUUGAGUUCAAUGACAAUGAAGAGAUGAAGGAUAUCACCAGCAAAAGAAGGAGACUUUGGCAGCUUACUCCAGUUUAUGCAACUGAAUGGUCCAAGUGGUUAGAUGAGCAAAAGAACCUUGCAAAAGUCUCGCCUGAAUCUCCUGUCUAUUUAUCUUUGCGCUUGGAUGGCCGUGUUCGAGGCAGUGGUGUUGGCUACCCGCCUUGGAAUGCUUUUGUCGCUCAAUUACCGCCAGUGAAAGGGAUAUGGUCAGGUCUACUUGAUGGCAUGGAUGGAAGGGUUCUGUAAAGAAGCUUUCUUAGGGUUAAAAAGACAUAAUUGUUUUGCUCCACAAAGGUUAGAUUUUCAAUUAAUACAAACUUAGUUUAUAUUACUCCCUCCACUUCUUUCAAUGCACGUUGUUUUCAAGAUCAUUUGUCAGCUUAAUAGCAAUGACAUCCAAAUGUAUCAAAGUUGACUCUUUGAAGGAGCUUUAUUUGACCCAA